CAGUCAUAUCCACCUGGAGUUUAGAGGUAUCAACAUCAGUGGCUACAGAUACACUCUCAUGAACGACAUUGGGUUUCCUGAAAACCGGUAUUCAUGACAUGUCAGUUGCAUUUAAAGAAGUGAAGACAUGAUGAAUGGAGAAACAAAGAUUCAUGCCCUCUCAGAGAGUGUAACUUUGGAGGACACAGAAAAAGGAGGGGUCGUCGUCACACGAAUCACGAAUCCAGCAAUUAAUCUGAAGGAAGAUGAUCAGCUUGUUGCUGCAACCAUUCAUCUGGACCACCUCAGUAAAGAUGAAGUGCUAAACCUGAUCAGAAUUCUCGAGCCCUAUGACAAGAACCUUGAAUUUAAGACAGCAAAGGAUCUGAAAGCAGGACUGUCUCUUGGUGAUCUCCGAUUAAACAGUGAGGCAAGACUUCAAGCACCAGGCGUUCAGGUUAAUGGGCUAAAAGGACAGAUAAAUGCCCCAAGCCUUAAGGGUGGCAUUUCAACCCCAGCUGUAAAUGCAAAAAUGCCACAGAUUGAGCUAAAGGAUGCCACACCUAACUUCAGCCACCGAGGGUUCAAACAACCAACUUUUGGCAUGUCUGCACCAAAUCUCAAUGGAGCAGGUCUGGAUGGUACAUUAGAAGCACCUGAUGUCAGUGUCUCUACCCCUACUCUUAAUACCCCAGAUGUUUCUGUUAAUGUGGACAAGCCUGAACUGAAGACCAAAACACCCAAGUUCAAAAUGCCCACCUUCAGUCUACACGCUAAAAAACCAAGGAUUGAUGGUGAUGUGAAUUUAACUGCCCCAGACAUAAAUGCUGACCUAAAAACCCCUGAUCUGAAUCUGUCAGCCCCAAAGAUUAAUGGAGAAAUUGGCACCCCUAUAGUAGACAUGACCUUGCCAAAAACUGAGCUCAGUGGUCCAAACCUGGACAUCAAAACACCAAAAGCUAAUAUUGAAGCUCCCUCUGGCAAGAUUAAAUUUCCUAAAUUAAAGAAAGCAAAAACUACAAAAGUGAAAGUACCAGAGGCGAGUGUUGAUGCAAAUCUUUCUGCCCCAAAAUUAAAUGCAGAUGUUAGUGCACCAAAUGUUGACAUUGAUCUGCCAAGAGCCAAUCUUGAAGCUCCAGAUGUAGACAUUAAAACUCCUGAUGUCAAUAUAAAUGCUCCCUCUGGCAAGAUAAAAUGGUUAACAUUUAAGAAACCCACAUUUGGGCAGAAGGUUAAAGCACCAGAGGUUGGCUUAGAUGCCAAUGUCUCAACACCUGAUUUAAGUCUUUCAGCACCAAAGAUAGAUGGGGAUAUCAGCAUCCCAAAUGCAGAUGUCAAUUUACCAAGGGCUGAUGUUGAUGUAAAAGCACCUGAUGUAGACAUUAAUGCUCCGUCUGCAAAGCACAAGUUCCCCACUCUUAAAAUGCCAAAGCUAAACUUACAUAAAUCAAAGCUGAAAACUCCAAAUCUAAAUGCAGGGGUACAAGCACCAGACUUGGACAUGUCAGCUCCUGGGGUAGAUAUUAAUCUGCCAAAAGCUGAAUUAGAUGGACCGAAUCUGAAAGCUCCAGAUCUCAGUCUUUCAGCACCCAAAGUGGAUGGCAAAUUUAGUGCUCCAGACGUGGAUCUGAACUUGCCAGAUGCUAAUGUCAAAAGUCCAAAUGUAGACCUUGAAGUCCCAGACAUUGACAUAAAUGCUCCUAAAGUAGACAUUGAUGCCCCCUCUGGCAAAGCCAAGCUACCUCACUUUAAGAUGCCUAAAUUUGGUCUUUCUGGACCUCGGGUUAAAACCCCAAAUCUAGAUGCACCUGAUGUAGAUGUGAACAUCCCCACAGCAGAACUCAAAGGACCUAAUGUAGAUGUUAAAGCACCCAAUCUUAUUGUUUCCACACCUAAAUUUGAAGGUGACAUUUCUGCUCCCUCUUUAGACAUUGGUUUGCCUAAAGCCAACUUGAAUGCUCCAACUGCAAACAUUGGGGGAAAUUUAAAGUCACCAAAUCUCAAACUCUCCACCCCAGAUGUAGACCUAGACUUGCCAAAAGCAGAGCUUGAAGGACCUGAUGCUACCCUUAAAGUCCCAGAUGUUGACAUUAAUGCGCCAUCUGGAAAAAUGAAGUUGCCACAUUUCAAUUUGCCAAAACUGAAUUUGUCUGGGCCAAAAGUUAAAGGGCCUGAGCUGGAUGCUAACGCAGAUCUAGAUCUCUCAGUUCCCAAACUCAAAGGAGAAUUAAAUGCACCUAGUGUUGACCUAAAUCUUCCCAAAGCUGAGAUCAGUGCGCCUGAUGUAAAUGCAACUUUACCAAAAGCUGAGGUCAGCGUUCCCAAUGUAGAUAUCAAGUCCCCAAACUUAGAGGCUCCGUCUGGAAAGCUGAAACUGAUUACAUUUAAGAAACCAAAAGUUGACCUUUCUGGUCCAAAAGUGAAGACACCUGAGAUUGACUUAAAUACAGAAGCUCCUGAUCUCAGCCUCUCAGCUCCAACAGUUGAUGCAGAUGUCAAAGUGCCAGAUGCUGAUAUAAACCUUCCCAAAGCAGAUGUUGACAUCAGUGCUCCCAAAGGAAAGCUGAAAUUCCCAACACUCAAAACGUUUAACUUGUCUGGUCCAAAAGUCAAAUCUCCUGAUGUUGACAUUGCCGCUGAUGUACAUGGACCAGAUCUGAACCUAUCUGCACCUGGGGUUGGUACUCCUGAUGUUGACGUGAGUCUACCAAAUGCUGGGGUUGAUUUAGAUGUUCCCACAGCAGACGUUGACAUCAGUGCUCCCAAAGGAAAGCUGAAAUUCCCAACCAUCAAAAAGUUGAACUUUUCUGGUCCAAAAGUCAAAUCUCCUGAUGUCGACAUUGCUGCUGAUGUAAGUAGACCAGAUCUGAACUUAUCUGCUCCUAGGGUUGGUACUCCUGAUGUUGACGUGAGUCUACCAAAUGCUGGGGUUGAUGUAGAUGUUCCAAGCAUCAACUCUGAAGUUGAGGGCUCCAAGCAUAGGGUAAAAUGGCCAUUCAAAUGGCGAAAGUCUACUGAAUCAAGGGAUGGGGAUAUAAACAUUAAAGCACCAGAAGUAAAUGGUACCACUGGAGAAAUUAAACUCCCCAAAAAUAUACCAUUGUUCAAGCCUCACCCCCUACCUGACAGCAACAUUGACAGUAUCUUACAAGAACUCACUGGAACGGUUGACCUCAGUACUGACCCUACAAAAACAACUACUGACGCGGUUGUCUCGGUCUCGUCAGUCAAAACAAAUCUUAAAGCUUCUUCUCCAUCUGCCGGGGUCAGUGGACAGACAGCUACUGUAGAUAUCCGGGAAAGGCUGAGGUUGUCUAAUGCACGUACUACAAGCCCAGAUUUCGGCAUAUCUUCAGAACCAGGCAGCCCUACAAAAGUGAAUAGAGGAACGUUUAAAGUCACAAAGCCUGAUGCUGAAAAGGCCUACCCAGUAAUUGAUACAACUAGCAACGAAGAUGACGCCAACAUUACCCUCAGCUUGAACAACAUGCUUGGUUUGCCAACAGAUUAAACUUUAAAUAAAACCAGGAGCCUUGUUAGUAUAGUUCCAUACCCACUGCAUAUAGUUAAUACAUAUGUAGAACAAUAUGUAAAAAAAAAUUAAUACACCUCCAACUGUUUACUUUUAAAAUGGGUAGAGUAUUGACAGAGAAGCAUUACAGAAUUUGACAGAGAUGUAAUUUUUUUUAUAUUCAGUUUUAUAUAUAUAUAAUUGUAUAAAGUUCUCUUUAAAUGUGCAAUGAUUGUAUCUUCUCAAAACAUGAAGGAAAAUAUGAUGAAUAUGUAAUUCUGUCUAUUUUGUCACUGUUUUAUGUAAUAUUAUCUAAUAUAUAGUCUUUUGGUUA